AUGCAGCAGCACCACAACCAGAACCCGAAACUACAGCAGCAGCAGCAGCAGCAGCAUCUCCUGAGAUAUCACCAGCUGCUGCAGCAUCCUCAGCAGCAGCGCCAGCAGCAGCAGCAGCAGCAGCAGCCGAACCAGCAGCAGCAGCACCAGCAGCACCAGCAGCAGCAGCAGCAGCAGCAGGGUCUGGGGGCCCCCCAGGGGGCCCCCCAAGAGGUCGCCAAAGAUGGCCUUCGGGAGGGGGCCCCCCAAGGGGCCCCUCAAGGGGGGGCCCCCGAGGGGGCCCCCCAAGGAGGGGGCCCCCAAGAAGGGGUACAGGUGGCGCCUAGUGGGGCCCCUUGGGGGGCCCCCUCUGGGGCCCCCUGGGAUUUUAAGUUGGAGUUGAUAUAUAGCCGUGAGUGGGCGGAGGAGCAGAGAAAGAAAGAAGAAGCAGGGAGAGCAGCAAUAAAGAAAGAAGAGGAGAGUCUGAUGGCUGCUGUUGCUGCGUUUCGGCAGCAGGAGGAGCUGCUGCUGCAGCAGCAAAGUCACAGCAGCAGCAGCAGCAGCAGCAGCAGCAGCAGCAGCAGGAGCAGCAGCAGCAAGCUGCUGCCGAGUCUAUCACGCAUGCGCAGCUACGAAAAAAAAAGAGGGAGAUAUGAUAGAGGUCACCACGGGUUCUUUGGGUUUACCUUUUUGCUGCCGUCGCUGCAGCAGCUGCAGCAGCAGCAGCAGCAGCAGCUGCUGCAGCAGCUGGGGGCAAGGAUGCUGCACUUCCCUGCGAAAAGGAAACAAGUCCCCUCCAUGAUACCUGAUCAAGAUGCUCGCCAGGAGUUGUGGGGUCGGAGUUGUUUUAUAUUGGAUCCCGAUGGUAACGGUGUAGAGGUGCAGCAGCUAGACAGCAGCAGCAGCUGCAGCAGCAUCGGCAUAGAUGCAGCAGCAAGAAAAAAAGAAGCAGCAAUCAAUACAUGGCAAACAUAUAUGAUAGAACAAGAAGAAGAUAUAAAAAGACAGCAGCAUAAACAACAUAUGCUGCAACGCAUGCAUGAUAUAGAUCAAGCCAUCAAACACCACCAGCAGCAGCAGCAGCAGCAGCAGCAGCAGCAGCAGAAGGAGGAGAAGGAGCAGCAGCAACAGAAGGAGGAGCAGCAGCAGCAGGAGCAGCAGCAGCAGCAGAAGGAGGAGAAGGAGCAGCAGCAGAAGGAGGAGAAGGAGCAGCAGCAACAGCAGCAGAAAGAGGAGAAGGAGCAGCAGCAGAAACAGAAACAGAAGGAGAAACAGCAACCGCAGCAGCACCCGGAACAGCAGCAACAGCAGCAGCAGCAGCAACAGCAGCAGCAGCAGCAGCAGGAGCAGCAGCAGCAGCAGGAGCAGGAGUUGGCCAGUCUGCUGCAGCAGAAGAAGGAGCUGCAGCAGCAGCUGGAUGCCUUCAACGAGCAGCAGCGGGUAAUAGAUGCAAUCGAGCAGCAGCAGCAGCAGCAGCAGCAAGAAAGAGAAGCAGCUGCUGCUGGUGCUGCGCUGCGGCACAAGGGGCCCCUCUCCCCUAGACUACAAAAGGUAUAG